GCUGAUCGGUCCAAAUUACCUCUGAGCGCACAAGAACAACGACGAGCCAUCAGGUAUCAAGAUGAAGUAAAUCCUACGCAUGUUCGUCCUAACGAUCAUUGAGUACUAAACUAUGACCAAACUUACUUACAUAAAAAGAACAAAAGUGCGCAUCAGCGUCGCACCGUCACAUGGAAGAUGUACUUCUUGUUUCAAUGCGCCACCUCCACGAUAGUAACUUUCCAUAGGCCUUUUGACAGGUUGGAGAGCCACGGCUGCUUUCAAGAAUUUAGUUUGGAAAAAUAACAACAGUAGAACUUCAGCUCGUCAAUUCCAUAGAUUUUCACAUUUACUUUUUUAAUUUUCCGAUGAAAUAAUAUCCGUCACGCUCACGACCGUCUACAAAGAACUAGAACGCUGGAUUCAUCAAACCCGUGUUGUGGUGGCCUUGAGGUGAAUUGUCCGCACUAGAAGUGAUCUCGAGCAGAAUUUGACCAUGGACACCGGCACGAAGCAGUUUUUCCUCGAGAGGAAAGAGGAGGACCCGGAAAACGGAAAAUGCUGCGACUGCGGCGCACCGCACCCGCAAUGGGCUUCUGUGAACCUCGGCUGCUACUUCUGCCUCCUGUGCUCAGGUAUGAAAACAUGUAGAAACAGGAAGUUCGACUUUUUGCUCAGGUGUCGAGGCUAUGAGUGAUGUACUUGGACCUGCUCUUUCGUUGUACGAGGAUAAAUCAAUGCAAACGAACCUAUCACCAGAACGAAGCACAUCAAUCUCUAUCAAACUUGUUUAAAAUCCCGUAAAACAGGGCAGCACCGGGGCCUUGGUGUGCACAUCAGUUUCGUCCGCUCAAUAACGAUGGACACCUGGAGCGACAAACAGAAAGGUACUUAUUUUGAAUUUUCAUAUCGGAUUUUCACGACUUUUGAGAAAAAAACACGGCUGUUUUCUCAUGCUCGACGACUGUGCAGACGCAGAGCGCAACUACAAAAUCAUCCAAUGUCCUCCUCACCCCAGCCUCCAUGCAGAAGGGCGGUAACGCGCGUUUGAAAAAGGCCCUGGAAGACAACGGGGUCUCGGCCAGCGGCAAGAUCAACGAGAAAUACAACACCAAAGCCGCGGAGUGGUACCGGCAGACGCUGCGCGCCGAGGUCAUGGGCGAGCCGCUACCCCCCCUUUUGGCUCCCGGGACCGGACCGCUGCCGGCCUUCGAAGCGCCAGCGGCGUCCACUGCAGCGGCGACCGGGUCGAUUACGUCGAACGGCGGGGGAUCGUCGUCGUCCAGUUCUUAUGGAUUGCAAAUAUGUCUGGGUCUGGAAGGUUGGUGGAACUUGUGAUGCUAGCUCUGGACUCUGAAAAAAUCUGUAUUGCAUGACCAGCAAGAGGAGGCUAGUUUGUGCUACGCGGGGAGGGCGUUUGUCAUGCGGAGUAGGCAUCGAGAAGCCCUCUAAAAAUCUGUGAUGCUAGGUCGUGCAUUACAGACAUCCUGGGUCAUGCAAAAUAUGCAUGACAGACAAACCCAGCAACAUUCCAGACCCAGACACUUUUGCAUUUGAUAGUUCUUCCGGGGGCAUGACCGGCUUCGGCUCCGCGCCACCGCCGCAGCAGGAUCGGGGAGGUAUAAAUUUUAUGUGGUUCAGAUAAUUAUGAUCUGAUGUCGGGAAGCAGCAACAUGGUGCGCGCAAUCUUGAAGUUUUUUUGUAAAUCGAGAAAUGCCGCAGCCGCCUCGAUCCAAAAUGAGGCUCCCUGAAUAGCUUUAGCUUUCUCAAAACAAAAACCAAAUGACCGACCCUCCCUCCAGGCAACAACGGCGACGACCUGUUCGGCGCUGCAGCGGCGAGCUUGUGGGGCUUCGCGGGCACCGCCGCGGCCUUCGCGUCCAAGGCGAAGGACGCGGCCGUUGAGAAGGCAAAGCAGAUCGAGAUCCCGCAGGACAGCCAGAGCUUCAUGCAGAGCGUCGGAACCACGGUAUUGGUUUAUCUGGAAGAUGCGCGUGUAAUUUUCCCGAUGUUGAAAAACUCUUCCGGCAACCACCACCAGCUGCCCGCGCCCCGCACAGAUGCCCCGAUUGAUACGCUUAUUGCGCCCGCGAGAAAGCGCUGACACGCUGCUGCUGCUGCGCCUCUGAGCAAGUACUCGUCCGAGGCAUCUUCACAUACAACCUAGUGGGCACUCGUUGGUUACGGUUUUCGUGUGGUUUGUGCGACGAUUUCCUUUUGUUGCCAAUGUCGUUUCAUCCGCCCGCCCUGCAAUUUGCGCGCGCCGCCGCCCCGCUUCUACGGUUUUUUGUGUUUUUUGUGUGAUGCAUUUGAAAGACCACCAGUCCCAGCCGAGCGUGGUAAAAAAGCGCUUCUGUGGACGAAGAUUCAAUAUAUUGUGUACAAUUAGAACUUGAAAAUUUUUCAAUCAUACCCCAACGACCACAAGUCCAAAACAACUCCGCACGACAGAUGAACGCCGGUCUGAACAAGGCCAAGGAGCUGUCUGCAAAGACCUACGAAACGGUGACCGACGAGCAAUUUCUGGAAAAGGUAAAAGCAAAAACCGCCGAGACCGUGGAAAAAUCGAAGGAAUUGGCGGCGCAAAGCUACGAGAAAUCGAGGGAGUACGCGGAAUACGCACAGGUCAUCGUGAAAGAAAAGCUGGACGAGAAUGGCUUCCCAAUCUCCGGCACCAACGGCGCAAUGAACCACGGCAUGGGGAGCAGCGGUUCCAGCUACAAUCCAGGAAGUGGCGGUGGUUCGUCAAAUUUUGCCGGUAGUAGUACAACGACCUACGGCAACAUGCCGCCGCCCGCGAGUCAGAACCUCCCGGACCCCCAUUCCGCCGGAAACACCAGCGGGGACGCGUUUGGAAGUUUGGCCGACGACCUGGACUUUUUGAACACAGGGAUGGCUGCAAACUCAACAUCAUCUGCAGCGCCGAUAAAUACCACAAUACCAGUGACAACGACGAGCGCAGGAACAAUGGCCCAACAGCCCCCGCCUCCAGCGCCGGUGCAACUUGGACAGGGCGGUACUAGCGUGAACCUGCUCGGAGAUGCUGCACCCGGUUCCAACGGUGUAGUAGCGGCGAGUAAACUGGACCCCGCAAUCUCGUCCGGUGGGAAUGGCGACGCGAAAAAGCCCGGCGAUGACUGGUUAGAUGAUUUUGCGGAUUUUUAGCGACAGAACGUGUCUUUAUUUGUAUAGCGCCUGAGUAUGAUGUUGCAACACGUGGUCAUGCCGCUUGAGCCCGUUGCAACACGUGGUCAUGCUUUCAUUCUACCCAACGACGCGACACCCCCCAGCACUGGAGAUGAAGUACCCUUUUCCCAAUUGCGACCAGCAUUGGACCACCCUUUCCCCAGUGUAGUACCGGAAGAACAGCAACGACCGAAGAUAGAGACAAACAGUUUUUGAAAGAAAAAGAUGGCUUCGCAGCAGUACUCCAAAAAUGGCAAUGCGGCUGCCGUGGCAAACGAGAACUCUCAGCUAUU